CGUCGGAGCAGCGAGGUGAAAUGUGCUCUAAACCUUCUCCUCAAAGGGAGGCCUUAGCCCAGUAGUGAGAAAUUUACGGGAUGUUAGUGUUAUUAAGUAAAGUUGUUUUUUUGUUUACACAGAAUACAUCUGUGAGCUCAUCGACGGACUGCACGAUGCCUUCAGCGCCGAAGAAACGUCACCAUCGCGCUAAAAAAAAUAACAUGAAUGACGAGCCUCCAGCCAAGAAGUCUGCGCCAUCGAUACAACUUGACGCUGGUUUCAAGUGGAAUUUGCAGGCGUUGGCGAAGGCCGCGGAAUCCGUGGAAACAGGGGGAAAGUCGCCCGUAUCAGCUCUCAACGAGCUCGGAGUGAGGGUCUCGUACUGCGUGCUGAGACAAGGUGGCCCAGCGCACUGUCCUAGCUUCACUGUUGCUGUUACUGUGGCGGAUAUGACGUUUGAGGGUUGGGGUCACAGUAAGAGGGAUGCGCGAGCGUCCGCGGCGAGGACUUGCUUAAGUGCUCUGUUGGCGAGAGCGGGACGGGUCCUCCCUAAUCCUGGUCCGCAGCCGGAUUUCACAAGCGACGAAGCACCUAAGUACCCGGUGUCCGAGUUCCAAUGCAUCGAAACGAAAAUACAGCCGCCGGACGGUAACGGUAACAAGGCGACUCCACCACCGGGUCUCUUCGGUCCAGCCGUGUCGCCGGUACUUAAGAGCCCCAUAAACAUGCUGUACGAGACCUACCCCGGUAUCACCUUCCACUGCUCCUUCGGGGACGGAUCUCCCCUGGACACGGCGCAAGCACCCGUUACGCUGAGCCACAGCAUGCGCUUCAAAGUGGUCUGUCAGAUAAAAUACCAGAAGUUCGAAGGUUACGGGUCAAGCAAGAAGCUAGCGAAGUUAGCGGCCGCCCGGGCAGCCCUGGGCGAGAUGUGCGAGAAGACCAUGUCGCACGCCAGGCCCGUGUCCUCGGACGGUCUGCCGCAGCUGCUGGCAGAUCACGUCGCAAAAUUGGUCAAUGAAAAAUUCAACGAGAUGAUGCGAGGUGACCUCGUACAUUCCAAGAGGAAGGUCCUCGCCGGUAUCGUCAUGACCAUCGACAAUAAAUUGGAAGGAGCUAAGGUGAUAGCGGUGACCACCGGUACGAAGUGCGUCUCCGGCGAGCACAUGUCGGUUCGCGGUCGAGUCGUUAACGACUGUCACGCCGAGGUCGCAGCCCGACGAUGUCUGCAGAGGCACCUCUACGCGCAGCUGCUGAUGUACGCGAAUUCCUCAAAUCCCACAGUCGCCAUCCCCGAGUCGGACCUCGAGCCGGUGCCGGGCGGCGGCUACCAGCUGAAGCCGGACCGGCAGCUGCACCUGUACGUGAGCACGGCGCCCUGCGGCGACGGCCGCAUCUUCAGCCCGCACGAGCACCACGAGCCGGAGCCCGACAGGCACCCCAACCGGUUGGCCCGCGGCCAGCUGAGGACGAAGAUCGAAUCGGGAGAAGGAACCAUACCGGUUAAGAAUUGCAUCAACGUGAUCCAAACAUGGGACGGCGUGCUGCAGGGCGAGCGGCUGCUGACCAUGUCGUGCUCGGACAAGGCGGCGCGCUGGUGCGUGGCGGGCGUGCAGGGCGCGCUGCUGGCGCGGCUGCUGCGGCCCGUGUACCUGCGGGCGCUCGUGCUGGGCUCGCUGCUGCACCGCCACCACAUGUACCGGGCGAUUUGCGGACGCAUCGAGGGCUGUAUCUCGGCCUUGCCGCCGCCGUACCGGCUCCACCGACCGCUGCUGGCGCGCGCCGCCAGCACGGAGGCGCGCACGCCGGCCCGGGCGCCGUCGUUCAGCGUCUGCUGGUCCAUAACGUCGCCGUAUCCGGAGAUCAUAAACGCGACCACUGGUAAGCUCGAGAAUGGACACCCGUCGCUGCUCUGUAAGCAGAGUAUGUUCGCUCGCUGGCAGUACCUCGUGAGACGAUUACCGCUGUUACCUCAGGAUCCAGCCGGUCCAUACCUACCGCCGUUGCCACAAGAUAUGGACCAUCUCCUGUACGACGAAGCGAAGAAUCUCUGUAGCACAUAUCAGGUAGCUAAGAGAUGCCUAACGGAUGCAUUCGAGCAAGCUCAGCUAGGUAGGUGGAUAAAAAAACCGAUUGAGCAGGAUCAAUUCCAUUGCGAAAUUCUUGGAGCGGACCCCGCCUUACUGUUCGCCUAGGCGGGUGGUACUCAGGGCUGUAACACUGUGCAGAC